CAUUCAAAGGGGGAUAACUCUGAAAAAGAUAAACAAAAUCACGUUGGUUGCACGUUUUUUAACAAGGACAUAAUUAUAAGUGUUCGAUGUUGGAGGUUAUAUGUAAUAUGCAUCAUAAUCCUAGUUGAUGAACUUAUGCUGAAUUAGUGAAGGAGGAAUACAGGGAAGGUUUGGACUUAAUCAACAGGACAGGAUAUGACAUCAGACAUCUCCGGAGGAGUCUUCAACAGCACCAAUUUCUACAAGGUAUUUGUGAAGGUCAACCUCUGGUUCUGUACUGUAAAUCAUGAUCCACGUCGACAGUUGGACGCCGGUCAUCAGAUCGACAAAACGUCAAUAUGGCAGGUCGGGAACGAGUAUCUGUCGGAAGCCGUGCAAUAUAUGUUUUCCGCCUCAAAGACGAAGUCUGUGGAUGGUCCAAGCGCUAGUGAUGACGACACUUUCUGUGUGAAGGAACUCGACUCCGUCACUGAACACAGGCUUCCCGUACCCCUACUACUAGCGGUUCUCAUUGCCGCUGUCUGUGUUGUGGUUACGUCAUUGCUUCUUUGUAUUUGUUGGCGACUGAGAAAGAAUCGUUUGAAAUGCAAAACGGAAGUGGUAAUUGAUACCACAAAACAACAAGUUGAGGAUCAAAGUAGUUCCGUUACCACAAAUGACAAUUUACUCACAGAAAAUGACCAAUUACAGACAAAAUGUGAAUUAUAUGACGAGUACCGAACGGGAACAAUCAAAGGGAUACUAUUAGUAUUUCCUUCUUUCAUUUACCCACGGAAAAACGGUGGUUAUUUUAACUCUACUGAUUCUGAUUUAAGUUGGUUCCUGAAAAACAGUGUGGACUAUGUCUUUUCUGAACUUGACAAAUAUUUGCUUGAUAGAGCCUCUCUGAACUCUCCUACAUCCAAUGGCCCAAGUACGUCUUUGGCUGACAGCAUGACGUCACCACGUUUGACAACGCGUAGAGUGGUACCUCGCCUCGUCAAGGGAAGAGGAAGCUCACCAUUGCUAUCCCAGCACGAUCGCAUAGACGAACCGAGCGAAAGGAGGGCGUGGCAGGAAUUCCAGCAGAAAGUCAUUCCACUUGGAAAAUACCCUUAUCACAACGACACUUACCGGAACACUGAUAAGAUUCCAGACGCCAAGGUUCGAAAUCUUAUUCAAUUCUAUAAUGCACAGUGUAUCGUUCGUUUUGAACAAUGGAAUGGAGCAUGUCUACUAGCAAACUACACUCUGGUUCUUCUGGAAAAGGCGAUGAAAACGUUAAAUAUUGAUUCGAGUGGACUGAGUUUUAACAGACUCGAAAUGACUGGAAGCAUAAUGAAAGGCUUGAAGUCUUCUACCGCUGGCCAGUUUGACGUAUUGAUGAUUUUCCAAGGUAGUGGUUUUAAGGUAUCUCGCGCUCUGGAUCAAAUAAGUAGCACUGGUAUACCACCUGGCAAGUUGGUUCUCACGGCUGAAGAAACUCGCGAUCAACCGAACGAUUGUCUUAAAACUUCCAAUAUUGAUAAUUCCAAUUAUCUUUGCGUUUCAUCAGAAGCACUUGUUGGUGUUACAGAAAGUAUGCUUGAUAGAGGAAUACAGAAAUUAUACACCGAGACUCGUUCUCUUAUUGAUAGACUUCCAUUCCGUAUCCAGAGGUCUGCUACUGCGUCUCUAACACUCUCGCUAGAUACAAGAAAUGUAGUUGGUCUGAACCUGCCAGAAAUUAAGAUCCAUAUUAUACCAGCUAUUCCUAUUCAUGCUGGAGGCUGGUACCAGUUAUCGACAGUCUACGCAGUGCCGCCAUGGCAUAUUCAGGAUGUGAAGAGGAAGACGUCCGCUAGGAGUGAAGGAGCUCACCAGACAUGUCCGCAUGACCUCUUGUGGGGUCUGUCUCUGGGUGAGCUCGAACGAGCGUUCUUUAAUGGAGUUGAUAUGAAAAUGAAAACGGCGGGAGUCACGAGCUGCCAUAUCGUCUGCUUAGUGAUCCUGAAGACAUUGUUCACAAGCGUAACACGACGGUCUCUUUUGGACCGAGGCGAAAUUAACUCGUACAUAAUAGAGACGGUAUUGUCAUUUCUUCUGCUGGAAAGUUCACCGAGUGACUGGACUAUAGACAAACUUGCAGAUCGAUUCUCUGAUUCAAUCCACUUCUUACGAUCUGCCAUGGAACACGGAAGGCUGCCAAACUUUUUUCUCCACAAUCCACACCUGUUGAAACAGAUGCCUGCUUUGAAGACAUAUCCCUUCCUGACGAAAGGACGACAGGAGAAUCUCUUUGCCGAAAGUAGGCAAGAUACUACAGAGAAAACUUUCAAGUUUAUGAAUCACAGACUAAAAGAAAUGAAGAUGGAAGACUGUGUCAAUGGAGACUACUCCGAGGAAAUGUGGGAAUACGAAUUCUUUGUGUUCAACUAGACAAAUACGCAAGUGUUUUUGUCGCAACAAUUUCAGUUUAAAUAGAAAUACAUUUUGAAAGAGUUUUGACACCCGAGGCUGUUUUAUCCGAUACUUUGGAUCAACAUAUUUUACCAAAGCAGUAUUGGGAAGUUUUCGUAAGAAAUAUGAUAUUAGCAUGAUGUUUUAAUAAACCAGAGAGUAGCUUCUCUAUAAUUGGACAUUUGCUUACGCUGGCGUAAUUCAUAGAUGUGUUAUAUUGUAUGUUAUACUGAAACAUAACGUAAAGUUUUGAUAUGAAUGUAUUUACGAUUGUGCCAUAUUUAUUUUAAGCUGAAGUUAUGAUACUGCAUUUUUCAAAAAUUUAACCAGGAGAGUUCCGUUAUUUGCGUUGCAAUCAUGUUUUGUGUAUUGUGUAUGCUUAUAACAUUUAAAACAUUUCCAUACUUCGUAUGCGGUCUUUCAUAUUUCCAUAUGUUCUUAUAUCUCAUACAAAUUUCUGUUCCAUGGUUUUAUUAUCAUUUUUUUAUUAUUAUUUUCCCUCUAUUCAGAUAGUAUAACAUUAUUCCAUUAUCAUAGGUAUUUUAUCAUGAAUAUAUUUAAUUUUAGCUGACACUGUCGUUUCGAGAAAAGGGUGACGUACAAGUAUACAUAUGCUUCACAACACUUAACCAACAAAAGUAUCGAUGUUCAUCGGGCCAAGGGAGGUAACUCUGUUGAAAUUAGAAGGAUUUGGCAUGGAAUAGUAGGUACUGUGAUAUAUGGAUGUCCGUUUUCGGUCCAGAUUUAUUUUAAUUCAUUUGAAUGAGGAAUGUUAAUUCUGUAGUAUAUAUAACUAGUCAAAUGUGUGGUGUGACAGAAUUAUAGGGUGGCUGGUUCCACAGCUAGUCUACAGCCCGGUGUAGGAUUACAUUCAGUAUUGUGGCACCUGCUUUCUUAACAUUGCUGGUUCGUAUUUUUAGGACAUAUGAUGUUCACAGGAUAGAUGCAUGGUGUGAUAUUUAUAUUAAGUCUAUAAAAUAAUGUAUACAUUUAAAAAAACGAUAUUCCAUAACUAAUACUGGUGUAUACUUACAAAAAGAUAUCUUAUCUUUUGAUGCUCCAUCACUUAUACACUAUAUUAAAAAGUAUAUUUACAUAUUGUAAUCCAGCAGAUACAUCAUCGCUAUACUUCUGUGUAUUAAACUGAAGUCCAGUAUCAGUGGUGUGAAGAUUUAACAUGACGAGCAUUCAGUAUCCAUUGUUGUUUUGAUACUUAUGUAAAGUAUUUGUACCUGAAGUACAUGUACAUAUAUAUAUAUAUAACAAGGUAAACAAUGGAGGUGUAAUACUGUUCUGUUAUGUCAUAGGAGACCAAACAUUUCGGAAGGAAACAUCCUUUUUGAGAGUCUAAACAUAUUAACACAUUAUCUAUUUGGAUGGUGGUUAAUUACCGGAAAUACUAACGUGUUUGACUUAAGCUAACUCCAAAUAAUUAUGAUGGACUUACAGUAUGCUUCUGUUUGAUUCUCGCCAAGUAGAACUGUACUGUAGAGAAUCUAGAGGAGCGUAAUUUAAUUUUUUUAUUAAACAGAUGAUAAUAAGCCUAUUGGGGUUGUCUCUGAUGAAAUAUAUAUUUGAUGACCAACGUUUGUUAUUGCACGUGUAUGUAAAUACACAUUGCAUGCUAUCAGGCUAUCACGUUCUGUCAUUAAGUAUAAUAAUACGUGAAUAUGUAUUUUUGGUUCGGUAUGUACUGUAAGGAUGGCGAGCAAUUCUGAGGAGACCCGAUGACAUUUUACAGGAGGCAAAAUGGACGGCAUAUUUCGAUUGUGCAUGCCAAGCAGUUGAGAUAUUCACUAGUUUCGUUAAUUUGACUUGAAGCUCAUGGAAAUUCACUAUUUAAUGUUUAACGACACUGGUGAAGCAAUGAAGCUUCAUUUCGUUUUUCAUGACGUUGGUUUCGACUACUACCCAAGGGAAUGAUAUUUCGUGAUAUUUGCCCAGAUUCGUUUCUAGAUGUUUUAUAUAACUCCACAAUGUUAUAGUGAAAGUUUCCCGUGAUAUCUGGAAACAACAUUAAAUUCCUUUGCCUGAAAGAAUGGGAGUGACAACAUUAUCUGUUAUAUUUUUAAAUAGUUAUAUUAAAACAUGAUGCUUUC